CGCCGUAGGCAGAGUCGGCGCCUCAUUGACGUCACCGCCGGCCGCCUGCUUUCCGGGAGACAGGAGUGGAAAGACAGUGAGUUGUUCAUAAUGGCAGCAGAGGAAAUUAAUGAAGACUAUCCAACAGAAAUUCAUGAGUAUUUAUCAACAUUUGAGAAUUCUAUUGGUGCCGUAGAUGAGAUGCUGAAGACCAUGAUGUCUGUUUCUAGAAAUGAGUUGUUGCAGAAGUUGGACCCACUUGAACAAGCAAAAGUGGAUUUAGUUUCUGCUUACACAUUAAAUUCAAUGUUCUGGGUUUAUUUGGCAACUCAGGGAGUUAAUCCUAAGGAACAUCCAGUAAAACAGGAAUUGGAAAGAAUCAGAGUAUACAUGAACAGAGUCAAGGAAAUCACAGACAAGAAAAAGGCUGGCAAGCUGGACAAAGGUGCAGCUUCAAGAUUUGUAAAAAAUGCCCUCUGGGAACCAAAACCUAAAAAUGCAUCCAAAGCUGCCAAUAAAGGAAAAAGUAAAAAUUAACAUUUUGGUUUUGAUGUGCACGUGUUCAAAAAGUACAUCAUUUUUAUUGUUUUACACAAAAAAGGUGAUGAUUAUGUGGCAAUGAAAAGUUUAGAUGUAUUCCUUAUUGAGUUCAUAUAUAAAGUUUACAGUUAAAUUUGUAAUGCUAAAUACUUUUUCCCCCAGAAAGAUUAAGUUAUCUUUAUUGAUUUUCCUAUAGAGUGCUAUGAAGUUUUUUAACAUUGUGGUAUGUUUUAUAUUUAUAGUCUAUCAUGUCUCUUGACAGGACUUUUAUUUUCUUAUGUAGGUCAAUCUUUCAAGUACCAUUUUAUAAGCAACUAUGAAAUUUAAGUUAAAUGUUCUUUGUAAACAUUUGUCUAUUUUAAAUGAAUAAUGACUUUAUGAAGUAUGCUGUCUGAAGGCUGAAGUUAUAAAUACAUCUGUUUUCACUGUAUAUAAGAAAAAAUGAAAUGACUGAAUGUCCAUUUUUUUUUCUGUGUCGUUACUUCAUGUUUUCAUGAUUUUGGGAAUUGCUUCUUUUGAUAUUUGAAGUGUGAAUUUAAGACUUUAAGGUUAUACUUUAAUUCUUGGCACUUUGCCUCUGUGUCCCAUUUAAAGUAAAAUAUAUUCUCAUUAAUUUUAGAUGGGAAAUGAGGUUGUGUAUUGAUGGCUGAAUUUUGGCAUAAUGGCUAUAUCCUGUCAAUAAAGGCUGUAAAUGUUGUGGAGCUGACCUGUUUAUUUUUCUCUUUUGAUUAAACUUGCCCUUGAAAUUAAGAAGAUAGGUCAUAGAAGUCAUUAGGAAUAUAGACAUUCAUGAGUUUUUGUUGUUGAUGCUUAGUGCCCACAGUUCUCUUGGUCUCACUUUUCAGAUUGUUUGAUCACAUGUGUGUUUUGAGGCUCUAUCAAGUGCAUACAAGUUGUUUUGGAACAACUUUCUAUGUUAUAUGCUGUCACUUAAGCAGAGGAGAAAUCCAAAUGAGAUUACAUUGUGUUUAUAUUCUGAUUUUUCUAAUAUUUGUCACAGAAUUCUGUGUAUUAAAAUUAUUUUUUAUGUCUAACCCAUGAAUUUUAAUUAUAUUCCCUCAGUGCUUUCACUCUUUGAAUCCACAUCAUUAUGUGUAGGAAUGCCAAGAACAGUAAAGUACUUUAAUUUUUGAAAAAGAAGUUGUUAAAAUUUUCUGUGUGAUUAAUUCUCCAUAAGUAACCUUGAAUAAAUGGCUUUCGUGAUUUAUGGUAGUGUAUAUUGGAAACAGUCUUAAAAUGUAAUGGAUUUUGUGAAGCACGUUGAACUCUUUCUAUGACACAUGGAGAGUCACUGAUAGAUUCAGAAAGUCUUCUGGCUCAGAUGUCAGACAGUUUUUGAAGUGGAAGAACAUUUAUAGUUCUUUACUGUUUUUUCACCUUCAUUCUCUCAAAUUUUUGUGGUUUUUUUUUAAAAGUAACUUGAUGGGAGAGUUAAAGUUAUUCAAAUCAAGUGUAGUGUACAUGUAGCCUUAUUUAUUGCAAACUGUAAACUUGCAUUUCUGUGUGUUUUCUGAUUUCAUAAAUAAAAAAUUAAAAAUGUCA